UAAAACUCUCGUGUCCGACGUGCCCAGGUUGUCCAGUCCCUAACUCCCAUCAGAUACGGCCAAGGAAGAUCCUCGACACGCAGUAAGAAUGGAGUCUAUUUUGCCGGUUGUUAUCCUUGCCUUCAUUGCGACCCUCGGACAAGCGCAGUUUUUGCCCACUCUGACGGUGAACAGUUGUACAGCCAGUAAACUCCAGCUGACGUUAGAUAACGCUGCUGAUGGCGGAAUCAUCUACAUCCAGGGCCAGACGUCCGCCUGUAAACAGACAACUAAUGCCGCCUCCACCGUGCAUGAGUUCGACUUCGCCUCGUGCGGCAUCGCGUGGGCGAGUUCGUUUAAGAUGAUCGUACAGAAGAAGGCGCUGUACCAGACUGGUGACGACAAACAGAUCCCCAUCAUGUGCAUCAUGGACCUCGCAGAUCUCACUGUGGCCAACAACGUCAACGCCCUGGACAAGGACGAUGAUGCCGGCCAAAAUUUAACAGUGAAACCGACUGCGUCUAUGAAGUUGUAUCGAUCGGGAAUAGAUAUCGCUGGUAGCAGUGUCCAACUCACUGACUCACUAACCAUGAGUAUUGAACUUGACGCCGAGUUUCAGGCUGACUUCGACAUCGUUGCUAAGGAGUGCACAGCUUCCACCAUAUCUAUAGUAGAAUCGUCGUGCGCUGCAGAUACUGAACUGUUUCCAGAAUUCACCAAACCAACACAAGGUUACCUUGCUAACACAUUUGGGGCCUUCCGAACGACCGACCUCAACGGAGGUUCAGUUGCCAUGACAUUCUCGUGCACGUUGAUCGUUUGUGCAGGGUCAUGCUCUGCGGCUACCUGUUCUGGAGGUAAUGGUUUUGGUCGUAAAAAGAGAGGGAUCUCGAAGAGACAGGCUGAUCCCACAUCCGGAAUUGAUGACAUCAGCGUUGGGGCUAGCGUUACCAUAGCAGCAGAGGAGGUCAUCCUGCAAACCCCUGACGUAGAUGACGAUGUUUGUAUGAGCAAAGCUGGAUUCAUCGUCGGUCUCCUCGCUCUUCUCGGCGCUCUGAUCAUUGUAACGCUGGCUGUCGUCUUCAUGGCAAGGAAACACCAGGAGAAAAGGGACGCCCUGAACAAACUCGGAGGCAUGACAUCCGUCUCAAUGGGUUGACCUUUGAACCUUGACCCUUGACCCUGUUGACAUCUUACUUAUUGAGCCGUGACAGUUACGACCCUACGUGAACCGUAUAGGUUUUCAUCACAAAGUUCCAUAAAAAAGAAUGACAAAACAUGAUCUUUAUAUAAUGUUCGAUUUUUGUUUGAUUGUAUUUUGUAAAUAUUUGGGGAUUACAAUAUUGUGUUUAUAUUAUUAAGUAUUGUGGUAAGGUAAUGAUUCAUUUUAACUAAAUUUUGAGAUAAAUCUUUGUUUGUGAGUUCGUACAAAUCAUAUUAAAGCG